AUGGAUCAAUUUAAUAAAGACAUCGAAGAGUUUUCAAAUUGGUUGUCAGACGAUGCCGAUGUGAAAGUAUCCCCAAAAAUUAGCAUUGUUGACCUAAGGAGCUCGAAUGAGGGAAGGGCAGUAAUCGCUAAUGAGCAGAUAGCCAAGGAUGAAAUUCUAUUUGAAAUUCCAUUUAAGUUACUUAUUAAUAUUGAGACAUCUCAGAUCAACAAGGACCAUCCAGAUAUACAUAAUGAGUUGAACAGACUUGGACAAUGGAACGGUCUUAUUGUAUGUCUGUUGUAUGAAUGGGAGUGGUUACAUGAGAAGAGUAAGUGGUGGCCAUAUAUGAAAGUAUUACCUACAUCGGGGACAUUAAAUGGUUUGAUGUACUGGAAUGAAGAUCAAUUAAAAAAAUUAGAACCCUCUUUAGUAUUGGAAAGAAUCGGGAAGGAAGGUGCAAAACAAAUGUACGAAACAAUUAUGAAAUUCAUUAGAGAUAAUGGAUUAGAUAAAGAAUUAGGGGAAACAUCGUGGGAAAGUUUCCUACGAGUGGCAAGCACAAUUAUGUCUUAUUCUUUUGACGUUGAGAAAAUAGACCCAAAUGGUUCUCAGGAGAAAGAUAGUCAGAGUGCCGACGACGAAGAUGAACCUGAGACAAUUAGUCUGAAAUCUAUGGUUCCAUUUGCUGAUACUUUGAACGCAGACACCCAUAAAUGUAAUGCGCACUUGGAAUACGACAAGGAUAGCUUAAAGAUGCGUGCCAUCAACACUAUUGAUAAAGGUGGACAGGUUUAUAACAUUUAUGGUGAACAUCCAAACUCCGAAAUUCUAAGGAGGUACGGUUAUGUUGAGAUGGAAGGUUCUGCCUUCGAUUUCGGUGAAGUAUUACUUCAAAAUAUAAAAGAUAGUUUAAAAUCCAUUUAUUCAAUGGAUGAAGAAUUUAUGGAUUGGAUAUUAACUGAAUUAAAGAAUGAUCAAAUGAUUGAAACGUUUUUUGAAGAUGAGGAGAUUGUGUUGGAUUCAUAUGAUUGUUAUAUAUCUGGGGAAAUAUUGACUGAAUUAGUAUUGUUUUUACAAAUAAUUACCACAUUUUGUAGCAUACCAGACGUGAAGGAUCAAAAUGAAGUAGAUAGACUUGCAACUUUGAAUAGAGUUACGAAGAAAUGUGUUCAAUUAGUGGAAGGUGGGACAGCAACUCAAGGCUGUUCUGAAGUAUGGAAGCUUGCUGUUGAAAACAGAUUAAAGGAAUACCCAGAAGAUUGUCUCAACACUGCCGUGACCUUCGAUGACAAUGAUUCGAUAGAUAAGAUAAGGGAAUCAAUGGCUAAGAUAGUGUUGAGGUCUGAGUGUCAAGCUUUAGAUAAAUGUAUGAGUUCUAUCUCUCAGCAAUAUAAAAUCAUUAACGAUGAAAAACUUUUGAAUAAUAUCUUAAAGAGAAAGAGUAAUCCUAAUGACAAUCGAUCACCAAAUUCCAAGAGACAGAAGAGAUGA